AUGGCGUUUACAAAGUUCUUUGGUCUUUUAUUUAUUCUGUUGUUUUAUAGUGUUGCUUUCGCUUCAGCGUCGAUCAAUGUCGGCAAAGUGGCUGAUUUUGAGCUUAUAUCCAAAGACAGAAUACACGAUGGGAAAUCCAAACUGGAGGAGUUCACUGCGAACGCCAAAAGCAGCGAUUGCUGGAGGAAAGCCGUUCAAGGCAUCGAGAAACGUUGCAAGAGUCUUGGAGAUAUUGAACAGAGUUAUCUGGCGAUUGAUUUCACAAACUGCCAUAUGUCGAAGUCAGGAAGGAAAAUAUAUUCGUGCUCAAGGGAAACACAGUCGAUUGAGCAAUGUACGGGAUCAAUGGACGACACGACUUAUCUCGCUUACACGACAUUUUUCACUCAUACAACUAACAUCUGUUUCUAUGUUAAAAGCGAAAUAUGGCAACAAAGAACGGAAGAUACAAUCUCCAAACUGUCAAGAACUUCACAAGAUGUCGCAGAGCAGCUGGAGGAAUCUGCUGAAAGACAAUUUCUGGUACUAGAGAAGCAAAAUGUUUCACUGGAAAACCAGAAGGAGAUCAUUUCAAACGAAAUCCAUCUAUCUGAGACACUUCGAAACUCUACGUUAAAUGCUAAGAAAGCUUUUGAGGACAUGAAGCAAAACGCCCUUGAACAAAAGGCUUUGUUUUCUGAAACAUUUGAUGGGUUCUUCAAAAGUGUGGAGAAAGUCAGGAAACUUCAAUCCAUGAUUCUUGGAGAGUUCAUAAGUUUGCAAUCUGUAGCGUUCUACAUUGCUGCAGUAUGUACCUGUUAUUUCCUUACCAGUACCCCGCGUACAGCAGCAGCUAGACUUCCACUGUUUAUUGGGUUGUUUGUUCUUAUGUUCAUUGAACGGCUUAUGACAUCUUGGGGAGUGGCAGACACCCAGUCAACUGACACAGAGGUUAUUCAUGGAAGACUGUGGCUCUGUAGAAAGCUUUCUAUUAUAGUAGCCACCCUUGUGCUUAUGGUAGUGGGAUAUCAAUACCAGGACUACAAUAAAAUCAACUUUGACAUGCUUCGUAAUAUGCAACUCCAGAUUACAGAAAUGAAACGAUGGCAGGAGAAGAUCAAUAGUAUGAAGGCAAUAACAAAUGGAGAAUCACCACCACACCAGUCUUUACCAAGUACAAGCCUUUCACAACAGAGUAUCACUCAUCCCAGAUACUCAAAUCACGGCAGGCCAUGUGACAUACCAGAUGCUUCUAUGGACAACAAUGCACAAAAUCUGGGUGAUGACGAUGAUGAUGAUGAU